GGCCGCGGCGGGACCGCGCCGGCUCCGAGCGCUCCGCGGGGCCGCGCCGGGGCCGCUCCGCGCCGGGACCCGCGCCGCCAGCCCGCUCCCAGCGGGGCCCCGGCCCCGGCAGCGCCGCCCGCCCUCCCGCCGGCACCGGGGUCCGACCCCGAGGGAGAAGCGGAGGCAGGUGCUGGAGGGAGAACAGCGAUCCCUCUGUCCUCACUGCCCUGCCAGAGGAGGGGAAGCCGAGAGAAAGCUUCCCUGUGUGUGGUGCAUCCCGGGACACCGCUGUGAGCGGCCAAAGUGACGGGGUGACUCUGUCCUGCUGCUGGCCUGGCCCCAUCCCCAUCCCACCACCAGCACCGCGGCUGUCCCCUUUGUCCCCUGCCAAUGCCAGCAGGUGGAGGCUGCACGCUCCAUCACUGCCCUGGCAUCCCAAGCGUGAGACCGGGCUGUGGGCCCUGCCGAUUCCUGCGGGACUGUGGCCAUGGCGGCUGCUCUCUCCACCGGAGCGAUUGUGGCAAUUUCUUUUAACUGUGUCAUUGCGUUGCUCAUCCUCAUCCUCUUCCUCAUCCUCUGCAAAGCCUGCAGGACCCCCUCAUGUCCCAAGAAGACCCCGGCUUCUGAUGUGGAUGAGUCAAGGAAUGAAGAGAAGUACCUGCUGCAGCCCUGAUCUGCCUGGGGACUGGGGUAUCCGGCUGUGCCGAAGGAGCUGUGCCAGACUGGACGCCGGUGCUGUGACUCGAGUGCUGGACCAGGCACGAUGAAAGCUGAGGGGACAACCAACUGCUUGCAGGGGCUGUGACAGGGGGCACAGUCCUUUGCCUUUGUGGUUUUGGUGUGUGAAGUUCCUGCAAGUGCCCACAGUGAUGAUGGGGAUAGAGAGACAGCCGAUGGGGAUAUGCCACAGGGACACUCAUGCCUGUCCCAGCGGCCAGUGAGCACAGCAGGAGCUCUGCCUUCAACUGCACCCCUCGUUUGGGAAGAGCUUGGCUCUUCUCUGGUGCUCAUGGCCUGGGACAGUGGCAACAACGUCACAGACCUGAGCAAAGCCGGGUGGGGGCCUGGAGAGGGGAGGCAGCAGGACUGGCACAAGGCUGGCUGCUCCAUGGCAGGGUGUGCACAGGGAAACCUGAGCAGCCCCAGCCCUGCUGGCAGAGCAGGGUGUUACCAGUCCAGAUGCUUGGGGGUGGCCCUGGGUGCCAUGUGCCCUCAGCCUCAGGUGGGCAUUUGGCAGAUGUCUGCCUGAGCAGCGGGUUUAAUGAGGCACAAGAGGGCCUGCAUGGUCUGCCUGAUCCUCCCUGGCCUGUCUGUCAGUCCCCUCCAGCAUUAGCACCAACGCUGCUAGGCAAACGACCCUCCUCCUCCUUGCUGGGUGCGUGUCCCUGCCCUCGCCCCUGCCUGCUCCCAGCCGAGGUCAGCCGUGGUACUCACCCUGCCUGCGAGCAGCAGACGUGCCCUUGCAGGCAUCCCCGAUCCCGCUGAGAGCAGCCUGGUGUGGCUUUUUCCUGGGGAGAUGAGGGUGCCUGGACAAAUAGCUUUGAAGGUUCUUUGACCCUGCCUGUUCCCUGGGGAUCACAGUGGCUCUGUGGGGAGGGAUGCUGUCAUCUGGCUUGUCUGCAAGCCUGACAGCUGCAUCCCCCGCCCUGCCAGUGGGUGCUGUGGGUUUUGGAGGGCUCUGCUUUGCCUUUCCUAGAGCCGAGCAAUAGCCACAGUUACUGCUGGCACAGCCACUGCAAUAAGGGGACAGAAGGGUGGGGUGGGAGGGAUGCCAGUCCGGGUUCCUGCAGAGGCUUGGCCAGGCCCGGCAGAGCCUGCGGCUCCUCCCCGUGUCAGGUGUAGCAAACACAUCCCUUUGCAGCCUUGUUUUUACUGGACUAAUAAACAGAUUGUAGGACCCACA